AAAUUAUCUGACAGCUCACAGUGGAUCGUCGGCAGAUACGGACGACCUCUGGACUGCGAUACAACAGGCUGUAGAUGCUGAUCACGUGAACAUUGACAUAAAAUCUGUGAUGGACACUUGGACCCUACAGCCUGGUUACCCUUACGUCACCGUGACAGCGGAAGACGACUGUUAUGUGUUUACACAGCAUCAAUUUCUAGAGGGUCAACGAAGGAGAUUACAGGCAAACAAUUCCACUUCUACAAGCCCGAGCGAUGCAGAGAGCGGGAUCUUGUAUGCGAUACCCCUGUUUACAAAACAGCAGGAGCAGCCAAACAGCAGGCCGGAAGUCUAUUGGUUAACAACGAAAUCAUUGAAAAUACGAAAGGGAGAGCUGGACGGCGAGGCUUGGCAAUUGGUGAAUAAGAACGCAGCAGGAUUCUACAGAGUUCUGCAUUCUGAAACGGAAUUUCUCAGUUUGGUGCAGUUACUAAAAGCUAACAUAACCGCUGUGGACGUGAGGUCUCGGGCGCAGUUUAUCAGCGACACCUACAGUUUCGCAUUCUUGUUACUCCACCGCCGCGCAGCAACACGUGACCACAUGCAUAUCUAUUCCGCACACGGCUAA